UCUCUCUCUCUCUCUCUCUCUCUCUCUCUCUCUCUGUGAGUUUAUGUGUGUGGCAGAGUGGGGCAUGUGUGCAUGAUGGAUGCAUCUCGAGGAGGAGCUCACGGGGAUGCUGCGAAUAUCAUUAUAAACGAGCAUCAACAGAUUGAAAAUAAGGAGUUUGUUAACAACAAUGCAAAUGGCAACACAGAAGUUCAGUUUUUCAUGGUCUUCUCCGACGAUAUACCUGUAAAUAAGGUGGUAGAAGAGGUAAGAUUGCUUGGGAAGGCAGCUUGUCCAGUAGCAACAACCACUUUCCUUGUGUUUUCAAAGUCCAUAAUCUCCAUGCUAUUCUUAAGCCACAUGGGUAAAACUGAACUAGCAGGAGGUGCUCUAGCCAUCGGCUUUGCGAAUGUUACAGGCCUCUCAAUCAUGAAAGGUUUAUGCAUGGGCAUGGAUCCAAUUUGCUAUCAAGCCUUCGGUGCCAAAAGGUUAUCUGUCCUAAGCCAGACGUACAUCAAAACCUUCAUUCUUCUCUUGCUUACAUCUGUGCCCGUCACCUUCCUUUGGCUAAACGUGGAGCCUGUGUUCCAUAGGCUUGGUCAAGACCGCGUGAUCACCAAGGUGGCAGCCAUGUACUUAACAUUCUCACUCCCCGAGCUCCCAGCUCUAGCCCACCUCCAACCACUACGGUCUCUUCUACGUGCACAAGGGUUGAACUCACCUGCCACCAUUGUUGCGACUUGUUCCACCAUCUUGCAUCUCCCUAUUAACUACUUCCUGAUUAGUUACUUAAAUUUAGGAGUGAAAGGUAUAGCUAUGGCAUCAGCUUGCUUCACAUAUAACAUGAAUAUCGGAUUGUUGAUCUAUAUUUUUAUGUCCAAAGUUGCGAUUAAGCCUUGGGUAGCUAGUAGUAAGACCAGUUUAUUCUCAAUCUUUAAGGGUUGGGGGCCAUUGUUGAGCAUGGCUAUACCUAGUAUGUUUUCGGUCUGUUUGGAGUGGUGGUUGUACGAGAUCAUUCUUUUCCUCAGUGGGUUGCUAGAUAAUCCUCAAUCUUGUGUAGCAGCUACCGGAAUCAUCAUGCAAACCACAGGCGCCAUCUAUGUGAUUCCGUUUUCUUUGAGCCUCAGCAUAUCUCAACGUGUUGGGCACGAGCUGGGUGCAGGCCACCCGGCUCGUGCUCAACUUGCUACAAUCGUCGGGAUCUCCAUUGCUUUCAUAUAUGGGCUUGUAGUCUUUGGAUCAUCGAUUGCUUUAAGAAAUGUUCUUGGAAAAUUAUACACUAAUGAAGACCAGGUCCUUGCAUUGCUUUCCUCGGCCUUGCCAGUCACAGGCUUAGCGGAGGUGGGUAACUCUCCUCAGACAGCUGCUUGUGGUGCAUUAACAGGCUCAGCCAGACCUAAAGUUGGGGUUCGGAUAAAUAUGGCAGCAUUCUACUUGAUAGGGCUUCCGUUGUCGAUUGUUCUGGCUUUUGUUUUGAAGGUAGGUUAUCGAGGAUUAUGGCUAGGGUUGGUUGCAUCACAGGCAGCAUGUGUAUCAUUAAUGAUAUACACGUUGGUGAAAACCGACUGGAGAGAUCAAGCGAAAAGAGCAGAAGAACUGACUUUUGCUAUGAAUAAAGAUGAUGAUACUGAACUAAAUGAACUUGUGCCUUGACCAUCAUUUGCUUCAUGAUCUUAAUUUCAACACCAAAAAGUAUACGUAGUCAACUUAGGGCUAAUAUCAAAAGUGAAUAUCAUUUUUUUUAUUGAUUCAUUCUUUUGGCCACCCAUUCUUCCUUUUGUUUGUUGUAGAAUGUAAAGGUUUGUCAAUUACUCUUAUUAUAGGAAAUUAAUUAAGGCAAUGAUGCAAGAUUAUAAUUUAACAUUGUAGGAUUAUUUGUUGUAAAGGCUCAUUCAUU